ACUAAAAAAAAAAUAAGGCAACUGCAAUCUAUCCAUUUUACAAUCUGGUGUUGCCUUUUGGAUUUUCAUAAUGUAAGCGCAGCUCUUCAGUUUCUUCCAACAGUACUUCACAAUUCAUUCUCAGAUUGUUGUUGCCAAUCAUUUAAUAUUAUGCCUCCAAGUGGGAAAAAAAAAAAAGCAGCUUUUACCUCCCCUCGAUUUACUUAGCAACCUUCCUGAUAGUGUAAUCAAUGACAUUCUAGCAAAGUUGCCUUUACGAGAUGUUAUGAGGACAAGCAUCUUAUCGAAGAAAUGGAGAUAUAACUGGGGCAGACUUCCACAAUUGAAACUUGAUCAAACACUUUGGAAAACAACAAAGUACUUAAUAUCCCUUACAAUUGGAUUGACUAACAUUCCCUGUCACCUCUUAACGAUUCAUACAGGACCAAUUACCAAGUUUACCCUUGACAUUCCUGUUCUAAAAACAUGUCCUAAUAUUGAUCACUUGAUAUAUUUCCUCGCAAUGAAUUGCAUUCAACAUCUUGUCCUUAAACCUCUGUUCGGUAACCCGAUACAAAUUACCUUCUUCAUUUUCCUAACUUCGGGUUUGAGGCAUUCGACUCUCGAAAGAUAUUUGCUAUGUCCUUUACCAGUCUAAGGGAUUUGAUAGGUUAAUAAGCCUAGAACUAAGACAUGUCAAUAUUUCUUCUGAAUCGCUUGGAAGUUUGAUCUCCCGUUGCCGUUGCUUGAGAAUUUUGCUUGAGGAUUUGGUGCUUUGAAAGGCCCGACAAUUCAAAAGCCCAUGGAAAUUAGUGCUCCCAAGCUGAGAUCAUUUGUCUUCUUUGGCUAUAUACAUUUUAUACAUCUAAAAAAUGUCCCUCUUCUUAAUAGUACCAGUUUCAAAAAAAAAAUGUCCCUCUUCUUUGCAAUGUUUCAUAUGAGCCUACAGUAUUUUCUAUAGAGGCAGAACAUGAUCUUGCCAAUAUUUUAAAGUCUAUUCCUGCUCUCGAGAAUCUCUGCUGGAAUCACUUGAAUGUCCAGGCAUGAAUGCUGGACCAGCUGAAGUUAUACCAACAAGGCUUCCCUUUGCUCUUAACUGUCUUAAACACCUUAGCAUGUUGAAGCAUUUUCUCAACAAUUUUAUGCCUCCAAGAUUUCACAAGGGCCCAACUGUAGUUUUACCCAUAAAAAAAAAAAAAGGAGGCAAUUGCAAUUUAUCCUGCCUUUUGGAUUUUCACUAUUUAAGCGUGAACUCUGGAAGUUUCUAUCUUCAGUUUCUUCCAACACCGCCAUUGAGCCGACAAAAUCAAUUAGCCAUCGAUCGGAGCAUCAUAGGAGUACUUCACAUUCAUCGUCAGAAUCUUGUUGGCUAUCAUUUUAUAUGAUGCCUCCUAAGGGCAAAAAGCAACGUUUACCUCGUGAUGUACUGAGCAACCUUCACUGAGAAUGUAAUCGAUGACAUUUUUAUGAGUUUGCCUUUACGAGAUGCUGCGAGAACAAGCAUCUUAUCGAAAAGGUGGAGGUAUAAGUGGUGCAGACUUCCACAGUUGAUGCUUGAUGAUACUGUUUGGGGAACUACCAAGGAUGUUGUAGUUUACUGUAGAAGUAACUUGACUAAGAUUAUCUCCAGCAUUUUGAAACUUCAUUCAGGACCAAUUAAAAAGUUUGCCCUUUGCCUUCCUUAUUUUGUCAGCUAUCCUAAUAUUGACAAUUUGAUAUGUUUCCUCUCCAACAAUAGCAUUCAUCAUCUUGCCCUUGAAAUUCCUACUUGUAGCCCAUACAAACUGCCUUCUUCAAUUUUCACAUGUUUGCAGUUGAGGCAUUUGACUCUCCUAAGAUGUCUAAUACAUCCUCCACCAGUCUUUAAGGGAUUUGGUAGGUUAAUUAGCCUAGAACUAUGUAAUGUCACAAUUUCAUCUGAAUUGCUUGGAAGUUUAAUCUCCCAUUGCCCAUUGCUUGAGAAUUUGGUGCUGAUAGAUUUAUGUAAUUGUAACCACAUUGAAAUUAAUGCUCCCAAUCUGAGGUCAUUUUUCUUCGAAGGCAAUAUAAAUGUUUUACGUCUAAAAAAUGUUACUCUUCUUUCCAAAGUUACAUAUAAGCCUAGAACAUUUUCGGUAGAGUCAGAACAUGAUCUUACCAAGAUUUUUGAGUCUAUUCCUGCUCUGGAGAAUCUCUGCUGGAAUCUAUUUACGCACGUGGAUAAUGGACUAGCUGAAGUUAUACCAACAAGGCUUCACUCUGCUCUUACCUGUCUUAAACGCCUUCGGAUAUCUUGGAUUACUCUGCGAGAUUUCUUUGAGCUUUCGUUUGCUCUUUGCUUGAUAAGAAGCUCCCCAAAUUUAGAAGAAAUUGAAAUUGAGGUGCAUGGUAGUAGUGAUGAGGACUAUUAUGACAUACCUGUGCCCCAGGAUGUUGUUGAUAAGAUUCCUUCAAGUUUCUCAGAUAUGACAUUUAAUCACCUGAGGAUAGUUAAGAUUAACAAUAUAGCAGGUGCAGGGGCUGAAAUGCAGCUUAUCAAUGUUUUAUUGGCCAAGUCUCCAGCACUGGUCAAAAUGGUAAUCAGGCCCUGUGAAAUGAAAAAUAAAAAAUCUCUCAAAGUACUCGUGGAGAUAACUAAUUUUCAGCGGGCGCCAUCUAAAGCUCAAGUUGUGUAUAAUAUAGAUUAGUAUCCGUAUCACAAUCCUGCUUGAUCUUCAUGAGUCUUCAAUCAGAUCUCUCCACAAUCAAGACUAAGUACUUGCAGAAUUAACAAAAUUUCUCUGGUCUAUAACUUAGACUGCAAUCCUGUUUGAUCUCCAUUUAUCUUUUAGCAGACCAUGAUCUUGGCUAAAGAAUGCUCAGGCAGUUAAAGAUGAAAUAGAUUAAAUUUGUCUAGGCAGUAGUAAAAUGUUGUGGCUUUUCCUGUUUGGCGAUUAAACGGAUUGAGAGAAGACUUGGAUGUUUUGACUUAGCUUGUUUGUCACUGUGACAUUGCUCAGGGUUUAAAUUUCAUGGUUGUUAUAGAUUGAUAUGUUGUGGAAUAAUUCUCUACUUGAUUAGAGAUCACUGUAACAGUCAUGAAGCAUUUUCUGAACAA